CGAGAAAUGAUUCCCUAUCCACUCGCCGCCCCAGCCCGCCCAUAAUGCACCACUCCUCGGUACCCCCGGAGAUCCCGGGGACACAAGUGCCCCCCUCCGAAGUCCAUGGCCUGCGCGAACAGGUCGCCACGCUCCUCAUGCGCGACAACACGCGGUUCCCAGGCGCGCAACCCGUCUCCUUCGCACGACACCACAUCGAAGAACUCCAACGCACCGAGUACUUUCUCUGCGAGAAGACGGACGGCAUCCGCUGCCUCCUCUUCCUCUACUUCCUCGAAGACGCGGCGGGGAACUUCCAACCCCUGACGUUCCUCAUCGACCGCAAAAACAACUACUACGAAGUCCAACCACCCUUCCGCUUCCCGCACUACCGCUUCCCCAACGAUGCCGACAAAUACCUCUUCAGCACGAUCCUAGACGGCGAACUCGUGCAUGACCGCGUACCAGGGCAACCGAAACCGCGCCUCAUCUUCUACGUCUUCGACGCCCUCGUCAUCGACGGCCAGCGCGUCACUGACAGACCCCUAGACAAACGCCUCGGCUACAUGAGAGACCAAGUCUUCAAACCGCACGCCCACUGGCUCGCGCGCAACAACGGCGUUCCCCUAGGUGGCACCGAACCCUUCCGCGUCAAAGAGAAGCAAAUGUUCCCCCCUUACAGCAUCCGCGACAUGUUCGAAGUCAUCCUGCCCAAACUGCCCCACGGCAACGACGGCCUCGUCUUCACCUGCAAAACGACCCCCUACCGCUUCGGCACAGACCCACACAUUCUGAAAUGGAAACCGCCCCACGAAAACACAAUCGACUUCAAGCUCCGCCUCGGCUCCUUCCCGCUCUUCGACCCGGAGGACGGAGACGAGGAAGGGCCCAUACCGGAUUACGACGCGCCCCCGGAUCGAAUCCAGUUGCUCGUGCUCCACGAGAAGGGAAACUACCAGCACUUUGCAGACAUGUACUUCACGACGCAGGACUGGGACAUGCUCAAAUCGCUGGGCCAGCGGCUCGACGGCCGCAUCAUCGAGUGCUUCCGCGACGGCCAGGGCCGGUGGACGUUCAAGCGCGAGGACGACGGUACGCCCCGCUUCCGCGACGACAAGCGCGACGCCAAUCACAUCUCGACGGUCGAGUCGGUGCUCGAGAGCUUGAGGGAUCCCGUCACGGAGCAGGAUUUGCUGGAUGCGAGUCCCGCGAUACGCGUGGCGGUUAAGAGGAUGCAGGAGGUGGAGAAGGAGAGGCAGAGGCAGUGGGUCAGGGAGCAGAUCGAGAUGGAGAGGGAGAGGGAGGCCAAGAAGAGGAAGAUUUCGGAGGUGGAUGGCGUGGGUGUAGGCAUGGGUGCGGGUGGAGGUGCGGGUGGAGGUGCUUAGAAGGCGAGGGAUCGCCCCGUUUAUUUAUGAGGUGAUAUAUCGGGUUGUUUUGGAGUGUCUGUUGGAUUCUCUUCGCCAUUCCUCAUCGUUCUUACUUUUUACUUUUCUUUUCGGGA